UCAGCAGCAGCAACAACAAAGCAAAGGCAAAUUGGUAGUACGUACUAGCCCGUGCAGUCAACUUGCAAAUCUUUCUUGCGUCCACCGUGCUCGUCAGUCACCAUGCCGUCGAUCGACAAGGCCAUCGACAACGGCGAGCUGAAGCAGAGGCAGCCGGAGCAGGAGCUGGUCUGCGUCACGGGGGCCGGAGGCUUCAUCGGCUCCUGGGUCGUCAAGGAGCUCCUCCUCCGCGGCUAUCGCGUCAGGGGAACCGCCCGAGAUCCUGCUGACCGCAAGAACGCGCACCUGCUGGCGCUGGAGGGGGCCGAGGAGAGGCUCGCCCUGUGCUGCGCCGAUGUCCUCGACUACGACGGCCUCCGCGCCGCCUUCCGCGGCUGCCGCGGCGUCUUCCACGUCGCCUCGCCGGUGUCCAACGACCCCGACCUCGUGCCGGUCGCCGUUGAGGGCACCAGGAACGUGAUCAGAGCUGCAGCGGACGCCGGCGUGCAGCGCGUGGUGUUCACUUCGUCCUACGGCGCCGUUCACAUGGACCCCAACCGUUGCCCGGACGCCGUGCUCGACGAGACGUGCUGGAGCGACUACGAGUACUGCAAAAAAACAGGGAACCUGUACUGCUGCGCCAAGAUGAUGGCGGAGAUCACGGCGACGGAGGAGGCGGCCAAGAGGGGCCUGGAGCUGGCGGUGGUGGUGCCGUCUAUGACCAUGGGCCCCAUGCUGCAGCAGUCACUCAACUUCAGCAGCAGCCACGUCGCCCGCUACCUCACCGGCGCCAAACCCACCUACCCUAACGCCGUCGCCGCCUACACCGACGUCCGUGACGUCGCCCGCGCACACGUCCUUGUCUACGAGCACCCCGACGCGUGCGGCCGCUACCUUUGCAUCGGCGCCGUGCUACACCGCGCGCACUUCCUCCAGCUCCUCGGCGACCUCUUCCCGCAGUACCACAUAACCGCCAAGUGCGAAGAGGACGGCAAGCCCAUGGCGAAGCCGUACAAGUUCUCGAACCAAAGGCUCAGAGACCUGGGAUUGGAGUUCACUCCGUUGAAAGAAAGUUUGUACGAGACAGUGGCCUGCUUGCAGAAAAAGGGACAUCUGCCUCUUCCCGUUGUUCCCAUAGCACAGAAGCGCGCGUACUUGUAACAGGGCAGGACAGGGGACAAGCCUAUCUGAUACAACAAGAGCAAAGCUGUAGCAAGAAAAGAAAAUACUGUCAGGAGUAUGGAACUUCAGCAUAAAAUUAAUUGUGUAUUUCUACAAAGUAAAGUGUGGCAUGUAAAUAGAACUAAAACCACGACAAGUAUUUUGGAACGGAGGGGGCAUUAUUUA